CUAUCAAUGUUACACAUAUUAAGUCAGUUGGGUCCCAUUUGUCGGUCCGUGUAGGUAUUCGAUGAAUCCUUCACGUGUAGGCGCCGAAUCACUCUCGUACACCUAACAGCGCGUUACGACUUCUAUACUCUAGGUGGUCAUUUACUCGUUAUAUUAUCGUGAUGUCGGUGUCAUCUAAUGUGAUUGCUAGCAAUAUGCAGGUUUACCUCGCAUAAAUAGGGUCGUAUCCAUAUAUAUAUAUAUGAGCAACCAAUCUAGGCCUGCCCCCUUAUAUUCCCCUACAUACGGCGACCAGGUUUAUCCUCCAUUAGCGCUGACAGCAUAUGCCCACCGCUCCGGUCUUCCACGGGAUCCGGAUGUGAAUUGUAAUAGCUGCCUUGUGCAUAUGUUUUUUGUUCAUCAAUAUUGUCUUGACGUGGAUGACGAUGGCAUUCAAAGCUGCGAUAUUCUUUUUGGGCGUAGCUGCCCUCUUUCCCAGUCUGUAUGAUGCUGGCCAGAGGCUGGCGUUGAUGUACGCAAACUCGCCGGGACAGUUUGUUAAGAUCAACAACUUCAAGUCGUAUGAGAUCAAGUUCGCCGAUACAUUUCGCAACUGUGAAGAUGGCCUUCUCAUUGAAUCUGCGGGCAUAGCUAUCCUUAGCUGUGACCCUGGUCGAGAGAUGUACAAUACGGUGAUAGGUAUCUUCCGCCCAGGUGAUGUACCAGGUGCUGAGUUAUAUGCCUAUGAUUAUACAAGGCCAGACGCCCCUGAGUCGGAAACCCUCCGCCGAAUUGAGAUCCUGAACUAUGACGGCGGGGCGGAUUUUCACACCUUGGGUGUAGUUUUUGACGAAGCAACAAAUACGCUAUUCGCUGCCAACCAUCGUAAAAGUGGCACAACAAUUGAGAUGUUCUCGUUGGACCUAGAGGAAGCCAAGGCCACUCACUUCCGAACUAUCCGGCACCCGCUCCUUCACGGUCCCAAUUCGGUAACUCUUAUCAACAGCAACGAGCUACUAGUCACAAAUGACCAUCACUUCCCUAUCGCAUAUUCGCGUGUCCUUGCAACGGCAGAGACCUACCUGUCUUUGCCAAUUGGCACUGUCGUCCACGUUGACGUAUCAGAACUGGUGAAAGACCCUACUGCUGCUGUCGAGGCCAGCGUUGUAGCGCGUGUCCCUUUCGCAAAUGGCAUCGAGUUCCUGAACAGCACCACCCUGGCCGUGGCCUCGACUAGCAAGACCUCCGUGUACCUCUGACCCAGAUCAAGUUCCCCUUCUGGGUAGACAAUAUCUCGGUUUCCAAGGACGGGACCUUGUAUGUCGCCGGUCAUCCCUUUCCCCCUUUACUUAACUCCUAUGGGAAAAGUCGAUAUGACUGUAGAACCCCCACCGAGGAGGCGGCGGCGGAUCUUGAGAAACAAGAAUUAUGCGACGCAGCUCCGGGCCCGUCCUGGGUGUCGAGGUGGACUGAGGCAGGCGGCGUGGAGCACCUCUACGCUGAGACUGAGUUCCCAACUAGCUCCACGGCUGCCUUCGAUUCUGAAAGGAAGAUCGGGAUCAUGACGGGGCUGUACGCUAAGGGUAUUAUUGUCUGGAAAGAGUAGGCGAGGGGGGUAUUGUCCUUAGCUCAUAUCUGAGUGUAUGGCUUUUUUGAUGAUGACCACCUAGUCACAAUUUUGGUUACUGAGCGAGCGAUAAUUUGUACGGGCUUGGUGGGAAGGGGUUCGUGACUGGAUGCUGCCAAAAUGGAUACCCGCAACUCAACAUUGAUAAACAUAGAAUACCAUGAACACAUCUAUCUUGGACACUAAUUUAGAUUAGACACGGUACAUAAGAGUGAUUAAAUAAGGCAAGGUAUCACGUGGACAGCCAUCCACGUGAUACCCUUAUGGGUACCUAGUUGUGUUUGCUUUUUC